AUGAGGUUCUCUACUGUCUUCACUGGAGUGCUGUUCAGUCUUGCAUCUCUUAGCACUACUUAUGCGGCAAAGUCGUUUUCUGGUUCGAACUUGUACUAUGCGGCUGGCCUGAAAGAAGCACAACAGACUACCCUGCUAGAAGGACUGCGGAGUGCCGGUGUCAAAGUCCUCCGCGUCUGGCUCGACGGCCAGUCUGGAGACACAAAAGGCACGCCAAUCGAUGACUUUCCAGCGCUACAAGGCGAUUCGCCGGACUCUUGGGACGACACCGUGCUGAACCGCCUCGACAAGUUCAUGGUGAAAGCGUACAGCUACAACAUCAAGCUCCUCAUCUCCAUCCACAGCUACAACGCUCUGGAGGGCAAUAAAGACUUCUACGGCAAAUGGUACGGCACGGGCGACUUCUACACCAACAGCGAGGCCAUGACCUACUUCAAAGAACGCAUUGCGCACGUCCUCGCCCACGUGAAUCCAGCGACGGGAAGGACAUGGGCGCAGAGCUCAGAGUACAUAUUCGCCUUUGAAGCGCAAAACGAAGCAAUGCACCCCCAGGGAAACCCCGCAGCCCUAGCAACCUGGCAAUGCACCAUGGCACAAGCGCUCAAGUCUUCUCUCGGUAGCAGCAGUAUCCCCGUCAGCACAGGCGGUGGCUCGUACCUGGCGACCUCACUGCUAGACGCCUACUUCACCUGUGCCGCGCUCGACAUCCUGUCCAUCCACGCCUACGGGCCCGGGGAUUUCGAGACGUCGAAGCUGCAGACCUACGUUGCCCACGCGCAAACCGCAGGCAAAGCGCUGAUCAUGCAGGAAUGGGGCGCGUGCUACAACGACGGUGCCAACAACAAAUGCGACGGCACCACGCCCCUCGGCGUGGAUGCCCGCAACGACAAUAUCAAAAACUGGGCCGCGCAGAUCGACGCCGCGGGCAUCCCGUGGUUCUACUGGCAGAUUCUGCCGAACCCGGAUCCGCACUUCGGAUGGGAUUAUGAGGUGGGUAUCGAUGAUGUUAACUGGACUGCGCUGCAGGAGGCGAGUCUUGAGGCGGGACAGGCGGACGCGGCGUUUGAUUUUGAGAAGUGGUUGCUUUAA